AUGCUGCGUAGCGGUGUCUGUUUGCUCGUGUUCGUUGGUCUGGUUGUGGCCUCGCAACCACCCAAAAUGGGAAUGGGCGGUGGUGCCAAGGCAAUGACUCGAGAGCAGCUGGACUCGAAGGAGAUUCAGGAAAUGGUAAGAAAUGCACUCAGUGCCACGAGUCCUUGUGUGGACCUGGUGAGUGUGGUGGAUGGGACGGUUCAGGUGGUGAAUGGCAUGAAAUACCACUUCCACGUGAAGACUGCACUGAAUAGGUCGUGCGUGGAGGCAAUGAAGAAGAAGAAGCCGGUAUCUACAGUGACGGUUCAUCAGCCGGCAGGUCGCGACUCGAAGCCGGUCUACACAGUGGCAUGA